AUGCAUACUCAGGAUAUGGAGAAGCCUCAAACCAACGGCGUGGGUGAAGUCCCACCUAGUGCCAAACAGCUCUUGAACGGAGACACAAAUGGUAUCUCCAUCAAUGACAACUCUCAACCAAAAUGCACCAGAACACCUGAAGAACGACUUGAAGACUCGCUACAGAGAGGCAUUGACCUUCAAGUCAUGCGAUACCCAGAGACCGGCAUCACUGUUCUUAUUGCUGGUGCUGGUCUAGGAGGCGUAACCUGCGCUCUCGAAUGUUGGCGUAAAGGCCACACAGUUCGCGUCCUGGACCGUAGUCUAACACCAGUCUGGACGGGUGACAAUGUACAAAUCCAACCCAGCGCAAUCCUCUUGCUUCGACACUGGCCCGACAUGGGCUACGAGAUUGAGGAGUGCCAAUACGACGUUGCCAUGUCAUACUACAAGCAGACUGGCGAAAGGAUCUGGGGUCCUGCGCCACCCAUGUUCAAUGAUCCCGAGAAUCUCAAGGGAAGGCGCGGUUUCCCUUCUGUCAAUGCACAUAGUCGCAUUAAGCUGUACCGCGCGUUUCUACGACAAGCGGAACGUGUGGGAAUUCAGGUAGAAUGGGGAUGCAAAGUUGUUGAGUACUGGGAAGAUCUCGGGCAGGGUUCUGGAGGUGUUACUCUUGAGAAUGGCGAGAAGCGCACUGCUGAUAUCGUUGUCGCGGCUGAUGGCUUACGCACCAAGUCCAACACCAUCGUCCCUAUGCCUGAGACAUUGGCGACGAGUGGCAAGGCGAUUUAUCGGGCGGGAUACCCGGUUGAGUAUGCACUGAAGGAUCCUGUGGUCAAAGAGAUGUGGAACUUUGACCCCAAGGGACAACCUAUUUGGCAGUUCUGGCUCGGUAACGGAUCGCACAACAUGAUUGCUCUCACUCAUGAUAUCGCUUUCUGGAGCUUCAUCCACUCGCAUGACGAGUCAGCCAAUGAGUCCUGGGUUCCAGACGUUGACCCAGCAGAAGUCAUAGCCGCCAUGGAAAAGAACAAUGCAGUACACCCAGCUGUAGCAGCCUUUAUCAAGACAGCCCCCAAAGGCUCUGUGGUAAACUGGCAGCUCAAGUUCAGAGAUCCCCACGAACAAUGGACAUCUCCUGGAGGCCGCGUCGUCCAACUCGGCGACGCAGCGCAUGCAUUCCUCCCAACAUCGGGCAACGGCGCCACCCAGGCGAUUGAAGACGGCGUCACCCUCGCAACAUGUCUUCAACUAGCAGGUAAAUCGCAAGCCGCCAAUGCGACAAAGGCUUAUAACAAGCUACGCUUCCAGCGCGUGUCAUGCGGGCAGAAGAUGGGGUUUGUAAACCAGCAGCUCAAGCAGCAUACUGAUUGGGAUGCUAUCGCCAAGAACCCAGCGCUGAUCCGAUCGCGAUAUCCGAAGUGGAUUUGGAGUCAUGAUCCGGAGGCGUAUGCGUAUGAGAAGUUCUGCGAGGCUUUGCAUCAUGUUGUGAGUGGUGGGAAGAUUCCGUUGCAUAACACUAAUUUUCCUAAGGGUCAUCGGUAUCGACAUUGGACGAUGAAGGAGGUACAGGAGCAAAUCAAGGCUGGGGAGAAGUUGGAGGAUUUGCAAGAUGGAGAUUGGGCUUAG